AUGAUAUCUGCUAAUUCACAAAAUCAAGCUAUAUUUGGUGAGAGACAACAUGGGGUAGAUGUUCGUAAUAGUAACUUGGUGGCAGUAAUGUCCAUAGCAAAUAUAUUAAAGUCAUCUUUAGGACCUCAAGGUUUGGAUAAGAUGCUUGUUGACGAUAUUGGUGAAGUGGUUGUAACAAAUGAUGGUGCUACUAUUUUGAGUCAGUUAGAGGUUAAGCAUCCAGCUGCACAAAUAUUAGUUGACUUAAGUGCUUUGCAAGAUAGUGAAGUUGGUGAUGGAACUACAACAGUAGUUUUGUUAGCAGCAGAGUUACUUCGUAGAGGGACAGCUUUAGUAGCAUCUGGAUUUCAUCCAUCAAAUGUAAUAUCAGGAUAUAAAUUAGCUUUGCGAGAAUGUGUUCGCUAUAUUUCAGAUUCUCUAACUAUUAAAGAAGGGAUAAAUAAUGAAUGCUGUUUAAAUGUUGCUAAAACUGUUCUAUCUUCGAAAUUAGCUGGGGUAGAUGCAGACUAUUUUGCAAAGUUAGUAGUUGAUGCAAUAACAAAUGUAAAAGUUUUAGAUUCAAUUACUGGUGCUCCAAAAUAUCCGGUAAAUGCACUAAAUAUACUUAAAACUCAUGGUAAAGGUGUUUGGGAGUCUUCAUUAGUUGAAGGUUAUGCUUUAUCUCAUACUAGUAGAGCAUGCCAAGGAAUGCCAAUGAGUAUUACAAAUGUUAAGGUUGCUUGUCUAGAUUUUCCAUUAAAACAACAUAGAAUGCAGAUGGGAGUUCGUGUAGAGAUAGAAAAUCCUCAGGAAUUAGGACGUAUUAGACUAGAAGAGAAGGAGAUUGUACAUAAACGUAUAGAGAAGAUAUUAGCUACUGGAUGUAAUGUAGUUUUAACUUCUGGUGGCAUAGAUGACCAAUAUUUGAAAUAUUUUGUGUCUGCAGGCUGUAUAGCUAUUAGAAGAGUUGAUAAGAAGGAUCUGCGUAGAAUUGCUAAAGCUACAGGGGCUACAAUUUGUUUAACAAUGGCCCAGUUGGAUAAUUUGGAGGAAAGUUUCGAUCCAGCUUAUUUGGGAGAAUGUCAACAAGUGAGAGAAGAAAGGCUUGGGGAUUGGGACUAUAUAAUGUUUUUAGGAUGCAAAACACAUAGGGCAGCUUCCAUAAUCCUUCGUGGUGCCAAUGAGGUCUUAUUAGAUGAACUUGAACGCUCCUUACAUGAUGCUUUAUGCUCAGUAUCAAAACUUUUGGAAUCUAAUGGAUUAGUUGCAGGAGGUGGUGCUGUUGAAACAGCACUAAGUAUUUACUUGGAAGAUUUCGCUCGCACACUUGGUUCAAGAGAGCAGCUAGCAAUAGCAGAAUUUGCUGAAGCUCUACUAGUUAUUCCAAAGACUUUGGCUAUUAAUGCAGCCAAAGAUGCAACAGAUCUGAUUUCAAAGCUCAGGGCUGCUCAUGCUACAGCACAGCUUGGAACUCGUGAUCAAUUUCAGAUAUACUCUAUGACAAAUGUGGAUAAAAUGAUGCAAGAGAUGAGAUAUCAAUAUUAUGGUUUGGAUUUAACUAUGGGGAUUAUUAGAGAUAGUAUUCAAGCAGGAGUAUUAGAACCUGCAGUCAGUAAGAUAAAAUCACUUCGUUUUGCAACAGAAGCUGCUAUAACUUUACUUAGAAUUGAUGAUCACAUUAAAGUUAAACCUUUAGAAGUCCGAAAUGAACCUGAAUAA